GGGAGCUUAAAAGUGCUACAGGAAGUCGCUAUCAUGGCGUCAAGAAGUCUCGUCCGCCGCUCGGCGCGUCUCGCCACUGCCAUCGCUACUAAGCGCAGCUUCGUUCGCGCCGCUUCCGCGUCGGUGAACCUCCAGUGCUUUCAGACAGCACCCGCCACUCGCCAGACCCGUCUUCAGAGUACGCAGACAAGCUCCAGCGAUGAGCCGCCCAAAACGGAGUCCCCAGUAGACCCAGAGCAGCUCAUUCUGGCCAAGGCUCUGGACCAUGUGAUUUCCCACGGGUGGGCCAUUGAGGCUCUAGCAGCUGGCGCCACGGAUCUUGGCUACCCUUCGGUGGCUCACGGCAUGUUCCAGCGCGGAGCUAUUGAUUUGGUGGAUUAUUUUAUGGACUCGUGUCUCGCCAAGCUACGCGAGACGCUGAUUGUCAACACGGAAAAGUUGCAGGCCAUGACGGUGACUGAACGUCUCAAGUUUGGCGUCUGCACGCGUCUGCAGAUGCUGGAGCCUGUGUUGGCUACAUGGCCACAGGCUAUGGCCAUUGGCGCUCUACCGCAGAACGCACCUGGUACUGCAAAGAGACUGGCCCAGCUCUCGGAUGAAAUCUGGUACUUCGCUGGUGACAAGUCCACGGAUCUAUCAUGGUACACCAAGCGCGCUAUUCUCACGGGCAUCUACGCUAGCACGGAGCUGUUUAUGCUGAAUGACAAGUCGCCGAACUUCCAGGACACGUGGGAUUUCUUGGACCGCCGUGUGGACGAAACGAUCCAACUCGGAGAACUGCCUCAGAACCUGAACGAUGUGGCUGGGAUGGCCAGUAUUGGGCUGCAGUCGGUGUUUUCGGCUGUGACGUCGCUUGCGGGUCCUCUGGCCAGUCAGAUCAUCUCGAACUCGCCUUUGAGUCAAGUUCCGAACCCGAUUUCAGCUGUGGGCAGUGUGGUUCCUCCCUCGGUUGUAUCGGCUGUUGCCUCUGGAAUGCCAUUUAGCAAUCCUACUUCUGCUGGACAUGACGGUAUGGCGUUCAAGUCGAAGGAUCUGGACGAAAUUAACCAAGAGCUUGAGAAGCUCGGCGGCCUUGACGCGAGUGAACGACGGAACUAA